CAUCAAUAAAUGAGUGGAUCUGGUUUCUUCUUUCACCAGGGACCCAUCAAAAUGGGCCGUGUUCACCCCAAGACUGUGAAGAAGGCAGCCCGGGUCAUCACUGAGAAGUACUACAUGUGCCUGGGCAAGGACAUUCACGCCAACAAAUGCGUGUCAAAGGAGAUCGCCAUUAUACCCAGCAAGAAGCUGCAAAACAAGAUAGCAGACUAUGUCACACAUCUGAUGAAGGGGAUCCAGAGAGGCCCCAUGAGAAACAUCUCCAUCAAUCUGCAGGAAGAGGAGAGAGAGAGGAGAGAUAAUUACAUUCCCGAGGUCUCAACCCUGGAUCACGAGAUCAUUGAAGUUGAUUCUGACACUAAGGAGAUGUUGAAACUCUUGGAAUUUGGCAGUCUGUCCAACCUGCAGGUCACUCGGCCUAGCAAUGGAACAAAUUUCAAAAUACCGCGUGGAGCUGUGUGA